AUGACAACCACCAGCACGGUGUUGACCGACACGGCUGCCGAAGCUUUCGCUUCCAUUGACCUCAGUGGGUAUGACAAAACUCAGUCCAAACUAAUGGACGAGCGAUGUAUUGUUGUCGAUGAGAACGACAAAGCAAUUGGGGCUCUAGACAAGAAGACAUGUCAUCUCAUGGCGAACAUUAACAGGGGCCUCUUGCAUCGCGCAUUCUCUGCAUUCAUUUUUCGGCCAUCCGAUGGUAGACUUCUUCUGCAGCAACGGGCGACCGAGAAAAUUACGUUCCCUGACAUGUGGACCAACACAUGUUGCUCACAUCCGCUUGAAGAUUUUGAACAGGAGAAAGUAGAAAAGGGUCAAGUUGGCGUUCGAAUCGCCGCAUCGAGGAAAUUGGAGCACGAGCUGGGUAUUCCGCAGUCCCAGACUCCUAUCAAUGACUUCCAAUAUCUAACAAAAAUUCACUACCUUGCACCUUCCAAUGGUGUGUGGGGUGAACAUGAAAUUGACUACAUCCUUUUCUUCACCGGCGACGUAACGGUUACCCCAAACCCCAAUGAAAUUCGAGACUACAGAUACGUUUCAAAAGAUGAGUUGAAAGCGAUGUUCGAAGAUCCGGCGAACUCGUUUACGCCAUGGUUCAAACUCAUCGCUCGCGACUUCCUCUUCGGCUGGUGGGAUGAGUUGCUAUCGCCAUCACGGUUAGUGGAUGGUAUAAUAUCAGCGAAACGGCUAGACGGCUUGGUCGAUGGAUCGAAGGUUGUCAAGAUGACUUAA